AUGGAGCCUCCGGCUCAUCGUGAGAAGGAGAUGAAAGUACUGGCAUUAGGCAUGUCCCGCACCGGGACCAUGUCUCUGUAUGUUGCGCUGAAGGAGCUGGGAUACUCCUGCUAUCAUAUGGCGGAAUGUUCCCUGGACCAAAAGAACGACUCAUUGGCUCUCUGGAGCCGUGCUAUAGAUGCCAAGUUCAACGAGAACGGCCGCAAGUUUUCGGGUGCGGAUUUUGAUCAGAUGCUCUGGCGCUACAAUGACGCUAGCCAUCUGCCUAAUGGCUUUGCUGCCCACUACGACCAAGUACGCGUUGCUGCGCAGAAGCGAGGGCGUGAAGUGCUUGAAUUUGAAGUCCAGGAUGGUUGGGGGCCCCUCUGCCAGUUCCUAAGAAAGGAGGCGCCGGAUAAACCUUUCCCCCAUGUUAAUGAAGAGCCGGAGGCCGACACGCUCGAAAAGCCACAACCAGGAGCCAAGCUCAGCAACAAGAGCCGGGCCCGGGAUAGAAAUAAACGCAUCCGACGCAACACUCUGGACGGCAAGAACGAUGACGAUGUCAUGGCCACAGGCAACCAAAGUAACAAAGAGCUCACCCACAAGCACACACCACUGGCAGGAAUUAAACAAACCAACAAUAUUAAGCCGGUAACAUGCCGGCGCAGCGCACCACAGCCACCCCCAAAUAAAGACGAUAACAACGAGCUUAGUAGAGACAUGCCAGAGUAUACAGCUUCGUCCUCUUCCUACUCAUGA